CCUCAUUUCAAUCAGUCCUUCUUUUUCUCAGUUCAAGUCGGUUGUGUGUAAAAUUUGUCGGUGGUUCAGUUGAGCGUUUGCAUUUUUCGGCAGCGGUAACAAUUAAAACCAACGACCGAUUUGAAGAACGUUUAACGGUAUAUAUACUAUAUCCUCCGAGUUGAAAAUCGCAGAGGAUGGCAGAAAUCAGAGGAUGUUCCCACUCGCGGCUUCAGCUAUAUAUAUUUCUCGGCCUGUUGGCAUCGGUGUUUGCUUCAUUACCGGGCGAACUCCCAGGAGCAGCAGGCGGUGAAUCAAGGAUGGAUGUUCUAGGACUAUCGCCGGGCCAGAAAGUCCUGGCUGCAGUGCCACCAUCAGGACGGACGAGUUUUUUGCUGUACCAAUUAGCCAUGGCCAUAAAUUCAGCCGCCGGGCUGGAAGUGCCGACGGUGCAGGAUGUGGAGGUGGUCGAUGUGGUGGAGCAGCAAGACCAGGAGCAGUUCCUGCUGGCGAACCCGGAUCCCAACUGGCUGGCCGCCAUGGCCAAUGAGUUUCAGAGUGUGCCAGUGUAUGAGACUUUUCCAACGGAUUUGCAGAACUGGCUGAUGGAUGGGUAUGGAAUCAGUGCCACGGAUGUCUACCACAGUUGGACUAGACCGGGAUUCGGUAGAAGGAGCAGUACCCGUUCCCAAUUGAUCUGCACUUCCGAUGGACAAUGCUACGAGGUCAACAAAAUCGUCACCGCCUGCUGUCCAUUUUGAGCACCCAAUAAAUGCAUUGAAAACAA